AUGCAUGCUCACGCUCGUCUCUCUCUGUCCACCCCACCAGAGCCCAUGCACGGCCCGCAAAAGCUGGAAGUGGUGGACAUCCAAUCCAAACAGGUGACGUUGCGCUGGGUGCCUCUGGGCUACAACGUGACCCGCUGCUACAGCUACAACCUGACCGUCCAGUACCGCUCCAAGGUGGCCGCCAAGGAGGAGACCCGCGAGGAGGUGGUCUAUGACACCCAGAGCCGCGAUCCUCAGCACACCAUCCACAACCUGACACCCUUCACUAACCUCAGUGUCAAGAUGGUGCUGCGCAAUCCAGAGGGGGUCAAGGAGAGCACGGAGCUGGAGGUUCAGACUGAUGAGGAUGUGCCAGGGGCUAUUCCUCUGGAGUCCAUUCAGGGCAGUGCCUAUGAGGAGAAGAUCAUCCUGAAGUGGAGAGAGCCGGCGCACACCUACGGGAUCAUCGUUCAGUUUGAGAUCUCCUACAAGGCAGUGAGCUCCUUUGACCCCGAGCUUGACCUCUCCAACCAGAGUGGGAAAGUAGUGAAGUUGGGCAACGAGACCACCCACAUGUUCACAGGCCUCUACCCCGGCUCCACUUACUCCUUCACCCUGCGCGCCAGCACCGCCAAGGGCUACGGCCCCCCCAUCAUCACCCAGUUCACCACCAAGAUCUCAGCUCCUUCCAUGCCGGCGUAUGACCAGGAGACCUCUCUGAACCAAACGGACAGCACCGUCACUGUACUGCUCAAACCUGCCCAGAGCAGAGGGGCCCCCGUGAGUGCGUACCAGGUGGUGGUGGAGGAGGAACGUCCACGCAGAGCACGAGGCACAGCAGAAAUCCUGCGCUGCUACCCAGUUCCCAUUCACUUCCAGAACGCCACGCUCCUAAACUCCCAGUACUACUUCACCGCUCAGUUCCCCGCCGGCGGCAUCCACUCGCCCCAGCCCUUCACUGUGGGGGACAACAAGACCUACAACGGCUACUGGAACGCCGCUCUGCUGCCUCAGAAGAGCUACAGCAUCUACUACCAGGCUGUCAGCACUGCCAACGGGGAGACUAAAAUCGACUGCGUUCGAGUAGCCACCAAAGCCGCCAUACUUGUGACUCAGCUCACAACGCCGUACAUCCGCAUCGCCCCAGCAGCCGGGGACAGCCAACUAACAGGAGCAGCCACGCACAAACCUGACGCUGUGGAGCCGGAGAAACAAACGGACCACACGGUGAAGAUCGCCGGAGUCAUCGCCGGCAUCCUCCUCUUCGUCAUCAUCUUCUUAGGAGUGGUACUACUCAUGAAGAAAAGAAGAACCUAUCACUCCUACACUUACUACCUGAAAUUGGCCAAGAAGCGUAAGGAGACUUUGAACAGCACCCGCCAGGAGAUGACAGUGAUGGUCAACUCCAUGGACAAGAGCUACACGGAGCAGGGCACCAACUGUGACGAGGCCCUGUCGUUCAUGGACACACACAACCACACGCUGAACACACGCAGCGAGUGUGCGCUCACACUCAACGGCCGCAGCGAGUGUGCGCUCACACUGAAUGGACGAAGUGAAUGUGCGCUCACACUGAAUGGACGAAGUGAAUGCGCGCUAACGCUCAACGGGCGCAGCGAGUGUGCGCUCACUCUCAACGGGCGAGACGAGAGCCAGAACAUGGGCAGCGACACCAGCAGUUUGGUGCAGUCUCACACUCACUCUCUGAGGAAGCGUGAGCCGGUGGAUAUACCGUACCAGACGGGUAAGCUGCACCCGGCCAUCCGCGUGGCCGACCUCCUGCAGCACAUCACCCAGAUGAAAUGCUCCGAGGGCUACGGCUUCAAGGAGGAGUACGAGAGCUUUUUUGAAGGACAGUCUGCGCCAUGGGACUCUGCCAAGAAGGAUGAGAACCGCAUGAAGAACCGAUAUGGGAAUAUUAUUGCAUGUGUGUACAAAGCACCUCCUGAGCGCUCAUGA